AACCAGGAAACCGGUUCGUGUUUGUGAGCAUUCCCUCCCUGCUUGAUGUUAGUUUGACCAGUGUUGGCGGUGACCAGACAUCCACCAGCUGGCUGCCUAGCCGGUCCUGUCCGUCAAUGGCCGAUUCAGUCGUCGUUGCCCCGACUCGGACCACAGCUGAUGGAAACGAUGAAGCAAAGGGAACCAACCCCGAGUACAUAGCCUUCGUGCUGGUGCCGUUUUUCUUCCUCCUGGGCCUCCUGGGAGUGGUGAUCUGCCACGUGUUGAAGAGGAAAGGCUACCGGUGCACCACCUCCCAGGAUGACGAAGAGGAGUGCGAGGAAGAGGACAAGGACCCUGAGCUGGGCGGAGAGAUGAACGACACCAUGAGUGACAACAAUGACACCGUCGGACAGAUUGUCAACUACAUCAUGAAAAAUGAAGCUAAUUCAGACGCCCUGAAAGCCAUGAUUCACGAGAACAGCAUUGACUCGGACGGCCCCCCGCUCACCCCCACCUCCCCGACCUCGCCGACCCCGCCGGUGACCCCCGUGUCGCCGGGGGCGCCCCCGGCCGCCGCCAAGCACACCUGCAACCACCUGCACACCAUCGGAGGCCCGGGCGGACACAAGAACAUCUGCACCCGCUGCACCCAGAAGAAGUGGCCCCUGAUGAGGAAGCCGUCGGCCCGGAAGGCAGAGCACCGGCGCAGCCACUGCGGAGAGGUCACCGUCCUGUCCGUGGGCAGAUUCCGCGUGACUAAGUGUGAAAAGCCGGCCAGAGAGCGGCGGACUCUGCUGAUAACAGACUCCAACGGGAGCGUCCCCUCAUCGCCUCUGGAGCUGGAGCCCAAGAGCCGAACGACGUCUGAAUCCCAACAGGCUCAGACAGACACGGACAAAGAGAAUCGAUAGAAAUCCAGCUCCCCAAAGAGAACAGAAGCCACACCUGGACACUUUAUUAAACCCAAAUGAGAAAAUUAUAAGAUCCGCCCAGGAGGAAGGAACAGAUCCAGGAAUCGGCCCUCCACACUGUCGCUCCACAGAGAGUGAAACAUGCCGACAGCGACAAGGACGGUGGCUAUUUUUAACAUAGACAGUGACCAGGAGGUUUGAAAUACACUUCAUUUACAUUAAGGCGGUGCCUUGCUCAGAGGCUUUUAAGCAGGGUAGCUGCUUGGCAUCAUGGCGCGAGCUUGAACCAGCACUUUCCAAAAAAAAAAGCUAGGGUCUUAUAGUUCGACAGGCCGAUGCGGUCCAAGAUGUAUGUACAUAUGUUUUUAUAUGUUGAUGUAUAAGGAGUUUUUUUUGUUAUCAGUUGAAUGAAUAAAACCACACCCCAGGGACAGGUACAGCCAGCCUGAGGUGAGGCUGGAAGUAGUCGCCUCCAAACAGGAAGCAGGAACAACCUGACGUCACGCCACCAGGAAGUAGACUGAAGCAUCUGCAGACGUGAUAACAGUGUUAUGUCAGCGUGUGCCUUGUUGUCAGGAUUAAUCUUCACAGUGCAUGUUUCUGCUUUAUUUCUUCUCUCAGUCUGACCUCUAAUAAAAAAAAAAAAAAAGUAAAAAACUUGUAGUACUCUGGGUCGAACAACAAAUCAGCGCUAAUAUUCAAAUGUUUCCCGCCACUGGAGGCAGUGCAACAAGCUGUGAACAUCAACAUCAAAAUAUUGUCGCUUGUUAUGGUUUCACCAGAUAAAUGUCAACAUUAGAAUUAAUUUUAUGCCACGUUUCUGAUUUCAUGAUAACUUGGCAGUGGUUUUUAUCUCUGUUUUGGUCUCCACCAACUCACGAGGGGCAUGUUUAGCUCUAAAGGCUGCAACACACCUAGCCAGUGGUCAGCUGUUUGAUUGGUGUGUCCUGUACAGUUCCCUCUAGUUGGACCAAGAGGGCGUGCAGUUUUUAUCCGCAUUUAAAUUGAAUACUACAAUACACAAGUAUUUUCACAACAAUAUCAUCAUCUAGAAUUAAUUAACCUGAUUCAGGAGAAACCAGCUCUGUAUGAUUGUUUGUAGCACCUCCUAGCUUCAUUACUAACUCUAGCUCUUCCAGUUUCCCCUUUAGAAUGGCGAUUACAGACUACUGCCACCUGCUGGUGUGAAGAGGUAUUUCCUUUCACGCAGGCAUCGAACGUAUCACUUGGCCCUCGGCUUUAUUCUUCGUGGUGUGUGUUCAAGUGUAAUUUUUUUCGGUCCAGAUACAGAAAACUUGAGGCGGUGCCGUGGCUGGCUUUAUUGCUGGUAAAUCUUUAAAGCCUGAUUGGUGUGUCUGUACCUUUAAGCUGCUAAAGCCUGACCGUCUCCACAAGCUAGCUAUGUUUAAUAUAGGGGUUUUGAACAAAACAGGUGGGUCUGCCUAAAGUCACUGGGAAGAGAGUGAAUCAAAAUAUUCAAGUUGCACAUUAUAAAACUUACACAAUGAGAUGAUAUAUAGAGAAAUGUGCUGGGUUGUGGGUUUGUCAAAAUAAGUGGGUCCCGUGUCUUAACACUCUGUUAUGUGACACAUUGUCAACAUAAAAAGUUUGAUGAAGGCAGCUUUAAUCCGAACAGAUAUUUAAAUGAUUUGUAACUUACCUAAGACAUCUGAAACAAUAUUUAGAAAUAUUGAAGCUAAAAGGCAAACAUCGUUUUUCUUUUGUGCUUAUUUUUCUUCACUUUGUUCUUCAGUCCUUGUCUAAUGAAUGUUCAUGUAUUGAAGCUACGUUCAGCUACUUAUUUUAACUUAGGGUUUAACAUGUUUUAAUGUGAGCUGCCUUUAUGUUCAUCAUCGGUCAAAGGCCAAUUCUGUACUAAUGAUGUAAUCCAUGAUGGAUUAUGAUAUCUAUCGGGGGCUCAACAAAGAUGUAAGCUGCUUUUAUUUCCUAAUGAGAUGUGUCUUUCAUUUCUGAGAGUGAAAGUGAGGAGCAGAUUGUGGGUGCUGCCAUCGUUUACUUUGGUGUCGAAGAUACUGAAGGGAGUUAUCUGUAUGAAGUUAAAGUUCUAUGUUAUCUCCAAAGAUAAGUGUGUGUGUGUUUAACAAGUUGGGGCCAAAAUAUUCUCCCAAUAAGGAAACAUGAAUUUCUUUUAAAAGUGGCAUCUGAAAGAUUUUAGUUCAAUGAAUUUCUGUUUCAUAAAAGCCACCAUCAAAAAAAGACCAAAGAAAGUAGCUAGGAGGACCCAACGCUGACACCUACAUCAGCUUUUACAUCAUCUCACGUUUUGUCCCCUCUAAAACAGUUCCUCCCAGAAACACGCGUGUCACGUCGCCUGUUGUAAUGUUUGCCUCACGUGAGGCAAACACACCCAGGAAGAAUGCGUUUGCUUCUGACGAGAGAGAGAUUAUCUGCUUAGCUGAAUAAAGAUGGCAUCGUUCCAGUCUGCUCUGAUUGAGGUGGUGACGUGAGGCGUUUUUAUUCGGCGUAUUAGUAAAAGAUUAGUGUCCGUUUCAACAUUGCCACUUUAUCUAUGUCCGGACGUGAGGUCCUGCAGUUCACCUUAGUGCCACAGGUGUCGCCAAAGAGCAAAACUUGAGUCACUUUUAAUCAGAGGUCGUCAAUGUUUUUCAGGCCAGGGAUCCCCAACCUGAGAGAUUAACUAGGGACCCCCUACCUACUUUAUGUGUUCUAUAUUAAACUAGUGCUAUUUAUAAAUAUACAUUAUUGUCCUCAUUUUGCAUUCUAUAGUAAGCUAUUCAAAUAAUACACAGGUUAAUUUUUUUUAAUUUCAAUGUAAGCGUCCUGUACCAAGUAGGCCCCGCCCCCUAUCACCACUGUGGCAAACACAACACUGCAUAUCUGUCAGGUUCUCCUAAUGACAAAACAUUUAUCUAUGUUUAAAGUUAAAACUGUCAAUCUGUCAAUUAUUUUCUGUAUGUAUUAUGUGUAUUUAAAGAAAUAUUAUUUUGAUGGGCAAAAUUGUGUAAUCAACCAAACAUAUUGCAACCCCCCUACAGUACCUCCACAGACCCCCUACACCCCCAGAUGGAGACCUGUGCUUUAAAGGAUAUUUUUUAGUUAGCAAAUUUGGUCUUAUGAACUUUGCCUUCAGCACUUGCUUUGUUGAGAUUUAUGUAAAUAAAACAAAACAAACUAAAUUUUCAAUUUUACAUAAACCAUCAUACGCAUUUUACCAAAAACAUGAACACAAUACAUGAGGUAGGGAUUGCUAGGUGAGUUAAAGUGGACCGUAGAGCACAUCAGAGCUUAUUACAAGAUUUAAACCAGGUAGGACUAUACCAGAAUAUUAAAUUAUAUAAAAACCUGAAAAAGAAACUGUACAUCUAUACUUCACUUCUACGAGAUGAGACGUUAACAAUAAAAACUCAUGAUUCCCGUUUUCACGCAAAUAAUGCAACACAGGUCGUCUUUAUUAGAAGCUGUUCCAACAACCACCACAUCAGCCUUGAUAACAGUAUUUAAUCCAAGGGAACCGCAGUUUUAGCACCUACAGAAACAUCAACGUCACUCCGUACAUGUCAGGAUUCCUGUCAUAUUUAUUCAGAUUAUUUCCCUCAUCAUUCUUCUUUUUAGAUAUGUUCUAUCUCUAUUUCUCAAUUGUUGUUUCAUUGUGCAUAUUUUUUUCUUUAAAUCAUUGUUAUAGUAUGAGUCAUGUUUUUUUUUUAUUGAUGUAUGAUGAAUAAAAAUGACUAACACGUCAAAACCAUGA